AUAUUAUUUAAGGACUACACAUGUUGCCAUGCAUUGCAAAGUCAUCAAUGCCCUUCAUCAUUUCCAUGUUGCUGGCCAGUCUGAACAGCUGCUGUAACCCCUGGAUCUACAUGUUUUUUGCUGGGCAUCUCUUUCAUGACCUGAAGCAGAACCUGCUGUGCUGCUCCGCGCUCUAUCUGAAAUCCUCUCAGUGCCACUGUGAUCCGGAGCAAGAUUCCCGUAAGAGCAACUCCUCCACCUACGUCAUCAAAAGUGCCAGCAGCCAGCGGAGUAUCACCCAGACCUCUGUCACAUAAACCAGACGUACCUCAAAGCCAGUUUUUCACAUUUUUGAAAGCCAGACAGGAAAGCUAGAAUAUAAACCCACACAAGACUGCAAAUGUCACCAUCAGUUUGCUUCAGCUGUGUUUUCGGUUGGGAAUUAUUCAGAAUGUCAUUUUCAUUACUCUACUUCGUUUUCUUAUCUCUGAGGACCUUGAGCAGCAGUAGUCUAUUCCUUGCCUUCAUGUAUUGUGUUUCUAGACAUUACAGAAGGAACAUCAUUCGAUUCCAGACUGUGUUUAUGGGUCUGUUUACAUUUAGUCACACAUCGUUUGAAUUGCUAUCUGAUUGUGCAUGCGCAUUCGCUUUGACCACAUAAAUGUGUCUUGUUGCUGGGCACCAAAAUUGGCUGCACUUGAUGUGGCUCAUAAAAACAGGACGUGGCUGAAUUAGCUUUGACGAUUGUGGUACAAAAGAUAACAACCAUAAUGUGCUGCAUUCUGUUUGGGGCUCACACAACCUCCAUACGCUGAUGUAGAUAUGUUUAGGAGGAGCAAAGUUUGCAUAUGUGGCCUGAAGAGCCAGAUGGAUUUACACUUGGCCGAGUCUCAAACCGCCAGAUCGGAUUUCUGUCGCUCUUAAGUGUGUCUUAGAGUGUCCAAGUGUAAAUAGCCCUGAUAUGAUGUAAACAUGCAAAAAACAGUCAACCUUAAAGGGAUAGUUUAUCCAAAAAUGAAACUUUCAUUAUUUACAGUACUCAUCCUCAUGUCUCCCCUUCAUGAAAAAAGCAGUGAAAAGUAAUGCAAUUUUCACUACUUGUUGUGAAAAAUCAAGUUUAAUAUACAUUGUAUUGAAGAUGACAGCAGGUUAUAUCAUUUUAUGGGUUAUGAGGAUGAGGAGGUUAACAACACACAGAUGAAAACAAGAUGUUGAUGACACAUGAAGUGUUUCUUCUGAAACCUAAUGAGAAACAUGGCCAGUUGCUCUUUUUAAUGAACUUGUCAAAAGAGAGUACUUUGGUUUGUUUUAAGAAACCCAAGCACUUUUAAUUUUUGGCACAUACAUGGUUAUGUUGUUGUCACUGUUCUUUAUCAUUUUACAUGUAAACUUUACUGUCAUGCCCAAAGGACCACAUCUCUUUGCGAAAUGUUUCUGCAGUGCAUCAUGGUAAUCAAUCAUGGCAAACACCCGAUUUGUUUUCAAAAAGUGAAGGACUGAUUGGUUACUCUUUCGCUUUUAUGCUUGUUUGUCUUGUAAGAGAGAGAGUGUUUGUAAUCAGUGUUUAUUCCAGUUACAUAUUUUGCUUAAUA